CAGCGAGCAUGCGCAGAACGUCUUAGUUUUUUUUUUUUUGUCAGUUGCGAGGUGGUGCAGGCAAACCUGUUUUUACCGUGCGCUACAUUUAGUGGGCGACUGAGUUUACAAUAUAACAAUUUAACACAUACGUUCGAAUACGUCUUUUGUGAAUUUAAAAUGAGCGACAACGAAAAAGACUUCAGGGAGCAGGACUCGCACAGAGGCUCGAGGAGYGCGUCCCCUCGAGGCUCGGCCAAAUCCGCCAGCCGCUCACCUGCACGCUCCAAAGAUGGCUCUCGCCGUUCCAGGUCUAGGUCUCGUUCUCGAUCCAGAUCCAAAUCCAAAUCCAGGUCUCGUUCUCAUCGGAGCUCACGCAGGCGAUAUUCCCGCUCUCGUUCCCGCUCUCGGCGCCGACGUUCCAGGAGCCGAUCUCGUAGCUCGGAGUACCGUCGGCGCAGGAGCCACAGCCGUUCUCCCAUGUCAAACCGGCGCAGACACAUUGGGAACAGGGCUAACCCAAACAUCAGCGCCUGUCUGGGAGUGUUUGGUCUCAGCCUCUACACCACAGAAAGGGACCUGAGGGAGGUUUUCUCUAAAUAUGGCCCACUGAGUGACGUCAACAUUGUGUAUGACCAACAGUCCCGUCGCUCGAGGGGUUUCGCCUUUGUCUAUUUUGAAAACAGCGAGGACUCCAAGGAGGCUAAAGAGCACGCUAACGGCAUGGAGCUGGACGGACGCCGUAUCAGAGUGGACUUUUCAAUUACCAAGCGAGCCCACACCCCCACGCCUGGAAUCUACAUGGGACGUCCCACGUAUGGGGGUGGUGGUGGCGGCGGUGGAGGAGGAGGCGGUGGUGGCAGCGGCGGCGGUUCAUCUCGCCGUGUCUCACGGGACUAUGAUAGAGGCUACGACAGGGGCUAUGACAGGGGUUAUGAUCGUGACUAUGAUCGCUAUGAUGAGCGAGAGUACCGAUCAUACAGGCGCAGAUCUCCAUCUCCAUACUACAGCAGAGGCUACCGCUCUCGAUCCCGUUCCUACUCGCCCCGUCACUACUGAGCUGAAGGACAGAGCCAGUGUUACUUUUGGACACUUUUUUUUUUUUUUUUUUUUUUUUUUUUUUUUUUUUACCAGUUCAAUUGUGUGAAAAAAACUUCUGAGUGUAUUUGUGUUUUUAAAGGAAGAGUUGAUGAACACAUCAGUCAGUGAUCAGUUAAAUGUACCCAAGUUUGCAGGGAAUCUUGACAAUAAAAGGAACAAUAGUAGUAGAUGAUCUUAAGUCAGAAAAUGGCUAAGUGGAAAUAAUCAGAUAUAUGAAUUUAGCUCUUUCUUCACUUAAAUUAAAUCUGGUGUCCUGCUGGAAAUCCGACAGAUUAAGGGUAAAAAAAAACAUUAACAAAUUUAGUAGAAAUUACAGCUGACUUUUUUUUUUAAUCCAAAUGAGAGUUCCUGCCAUUUUUAUCCAAAUGAUUUUUUAUUUUUGUGUAAGUGACUUUAACUGUUGUGAAUUUACUUUUUGGUAGAUUUUUAAAAUCUUUUGUUUGUUUGGUGGUUACAAAAUUUUUAUUGGUUGUAUUACAGACAAUAAAAAAUCUUGGGAGA